UCUGUGAGCCUUGUGUGGGUGCGCGUGUGCUGCCUGGAGUCGCUUGGCGCAAGUGAACGGGAGGUAUCGUUCACGCCUCGUCCAUGUAGGUCCACGUAGCGAAUCAUUUCCGUGCCUGUACUUUCUCUUACCCGGAUGUGACACAUCAAGACUGUCAUGCUUUCGAUAGCUGAAACAAUAAUAACUUUUGAGGAAGAUCUGGGGUUCAGCAAUUCAGCAAAGCUAGUCAGCAAUUCAGCACUAUUCAGCGAGUUUUCUUUUCAGCAAGUGUUGCAACUGCAUGUAAUGACAGGUGGAAGUGCCAAAUAUACAGUGGUCCUAUUUGAUCGGUGGCACGGUCACAGUACUGGUCAUCGACUAUGGGUGAUUGUCGCGGUUGGUUGGACAGGCUGACGCGGGCAAGCGUACUCCCCGUACCCUCGAGAAUGUAUCCAUUCCACGCCGUCGUUUCUUGAGGGGGAGGGGCAAGACAGUUGGUCAGGAAUUCCUGUGUCAAUAUUCAGCUUGAAUUUGUCUUCUUUGUGCCAAGGAAUCUAUCUCCUCGAGAGGUGCGCCAAAAAAUUCCCCGGAGCACAAGCCACGGAUCACGCUACUUCGCCUAACUACUCACUUUACCGCUCACUGUAUCGAUCCGCUGCUGACCGCCUCUUUAGUACUGCGUUUCUAAUUCAUAUCUGUGUUUUGUGUAGGGUUAGCUGAUAUUAAGAAAUCGAUACGCAGGAGAAAGCAAAGGAAGGUAUCGGAUUAUGAUAACACGAUCGUCGACAAAGUGAACAAUAACCUAACUACAGGUACUUUCUUAAUCCUAGGGGAAUAAACGACCAUUGCGAGUUUAUUCGAGAGCACAGAUUCCAGUAGAACUUGUCAGGAUUUCCUUCCGUCAGCUGUGGAUAUUGUUUCCUUGUCCAUUGAAGGAGUAAGAGUUUAACGUUCAAACGAGGACAUUGACGGAGGUCACGUGAUUUUCUUUGCACAAAUCUCCCAGUAUCGAGGGGUUCCACUUCAGCUUUCUGUGCGUGACGUCACUUCAAAGUUGUCCAAUCUAAUCAAAGAGAGUGCCGUAGUAGACCUGACGUAGGAGGGAUUUUUUAAUAUGCUAUGGAGAAUUCGAUCGCCUGAUAUUUCACUUUGGAUUAUGGACCAGAAUUGUCAAGGGAAAUUCAGUGCAAUACACCAAGAAUAACUAGAACAACUUUAUAAAAAGGCAGGAGCCAAGCUUGUCAAAACAGUUUAUUCGCGGACAGUGGGGUGAACGUAUCAAGAGUGUUUCCAAGGAAGCGGGUUAGUGUUUGCUGAUAUUAGAUUAUUGCGCGACAUUUACGUUUAUGGUUUGCAAUAAAAAAAAAUACAACGGCUUGACCACUGCCGCGAAGAGCAGACGCAGUGGACAGCUAGGAAUAGAUGAUUAGAGGAUACUUCUGAAACAAACAACUUCUGUGGACUGCAGGUCGAUUGUGACGCAAAAGCAGGCCUUAGUGCCUGUGGAGUUUUGAGGAAGGAUUGAGUAUACGUGUCGUUUGUUAUUUAUUUGUCGUAUACCGGAAGAGAUUGUCCCCUGGAAUUAUGGGAGGUCAAAAUAGUGGGGGAAUUCAGGACAAUAACCCGGUCAACUUUACUUUUGUUCACAACUUGGAUAAUGAGUCACGCGUUUGGUGGACCGUCGUGUGCACUGCCAUAAUGGUCAUCGCUGCAGGGGGUAACCUCAUCGUGAUAUGGAUCGUAGCCACCAACCCCCGAAUGCGAACCGUGACCAAUUACUUCCUGUUGAACUUGGCCGUGGCGGAUGCCUUAAUUGCUACCUUAAGCAUGCCCUUUCAGGCCAGCUACAUCGUCACCCAGGACUGGGCCCUGGGCUCGGCCAUGUGCAAAGUGGCCCGCUUCUUCGGUACCGUAUCUGUGGCGGCCAGUGUGUUGUCUCUCGUGGCUGUCUCCGUGGAUCGCUAUCGAGCCAUCGUCCACCCGCUCUUACCUCGACUGUCCAAGUCCUACAUCGUCUGCAUGAUUGUGGUCAUCUGGGGAGGCUCGGCCGUUUUCGCCAGCCCGUUCUUGUUCUAUUCAAGGAUCAUUUCUUUCACAUACCUCGGUGAUGUGACUAAGCGACAGUGCUUGGUAAUCUGGCCGGAUGGAAUACUCAACCAUAUCGACUUUACGUACAACGUCAUCACAUUCGUGCUGCUGUAUUGUCUGCCAUUAGCUACGUUGGCUGCUUGUUACACGGUCAUCGGCGUCAAGCUGUGGCAUGGUGAUGUACUGGGCGAGUAUAUACCCAACCGCGCCAGACAGCUCAAGGCAAAGCGGAAGGUUGUGAAGAUGAUUGUGCUUGUUAUAGCUGUAUUUGCCGUGUGCUGGUUCCCGCUUCACGUCUACCAGUUCCUUGCCUUUCUCCACGAUGACAUCUACAUGAAGCCUUACGCUGUUCACAUUUACCUCUCCAUUUGGACGAUCGCCAUGAGCUGUUCCAUGUACAAUCCAUUCAUCUACUGCUGGCUUAAUGAUAGAUUCCGAGCUGGUUUCAAGCGUGUGUUUCGUUGCCUCGUUCCCAAGAGUAAGAGCUCAAGCGACGGCAAGGGCCUGGGGAGAAGAAUCCCACUAACACCCACUGCUUCCAGCGCCGCGGCAACCUCGACCACAGGCGUCAAUCGCAAUAUCGCGAAUGGCAAGCCCGCCCUCUUGUGCCGAACAAGUAUAAUGGGGAUCAGCGUAGUAGACUCAACAGAUGAUAUUUUCUAGACUGUAGCUUUGACUGUUCUUACCAUUUUCAAACCCAAUCUACACAAGCACUUUUGGACACAAGUUCCUUGAAAAUGGCUUCUCUUUGUGUGCACAGGUUGGAUUCACGAGGAGUGUGGGAGUCCUCAGCGUUCCUGGAUCAAGUUAGUUAUACUGUGAUUUGUGACAAACCUUUCGACUGCGUAAAAUGUACUUUUAUUGCAAAUUUAACGGCCGGCAAAACCGUGCAUAAUAUGGGGACUUGAUGUAGCCGGGAGUUUACGGCUUCCGGUGGGGGUGCGUAGUAUUUCUAGCCGUAGCCAAGAAAUGUUGACGUGGCCAUGAGUGUACAUUUUCUACGACUACACGCUGUGACCCAUCACGCAACGAAUCUGCACGCUAUUUCCAGUGCAUGGUGCUACUUAAUACCAACAGUUUGAUGCGAAUUGAAGGGUUAGGGUAUUUUGGAAGGUACAAAUUUCAGGCGAAUGGCAAAAUUAGUUACAGCCGGCUUCACAUACUCACUUUAGGUGAUGACUUUGAAUUGCCACACCAAACCUUUCCUGAAUCAUGUAGUGCAAUGAGUGUCAGGUGCAACUUCAAAAAUAAGACUAGCUCAUUGGGUCAAAGUUGUUAACAUUCUUAAUAUGCUAAUUUCUUGCUCUCAUGUUUUUGCUGUUGCACCAAAUAAAAUUACACAGCUUCACUUUUCGUGGAGCUUUGUAAGUUGGCCAUUUAUGCACAACCUGACUAUCUUACCUUUUACAUUUACUGCCUCAGCCUUGGCACUUCAGCGGGGACGUUGUAAAUGUCAUGUCUACUGAAUUGAAUUUAAUUAACGGAAUCCACAGUGAAAUAUCCCUGAAACAAGAUAGCAUAACUGCCAGAAAAACUUUUACAGAGUAACCAAAGAGAUGGCAAUGUUAGGAAGGAGGCAGAACGGCAGACUGCUAUUUAAAGGCCAAAGACUUCAGAUUAUUUAUGUAUGAAAUAACUUGAGACUGGAAACAAGCAACGUUAGGUCCAGCGAUCCUUUCAAAGCAUGCCUUCCAUUACUUAGACCGCGCGCACUUGGUGUUGCUUUUCACAUGGGCAAAAUUGUUUGACAAAUCACGCCCACGUACAGAAACAUUUAUCGGAACCUUUAGUGUACCUUGAAUUCUGACAAUGCUUUGAAUGUCUAUGGAGUAUGAGUACCUAAGUUGGUUUGUUUCGAGGUUGUUCUCCAGAUAACAACUACAUUCAGAUUUCUUUUUUUCUGUUCAGUGCCUUCACCGGUAUAUAUUGUCAAUAUUUUGAUAUAAUAUCAGGAUUU